GAAGGCACCACUAGCCGUGUUGUGUUCAGGGGUGAACUGAGCCAUUUGUGUGUCUCUAGCGGUAACGUUGACUCACCGCAACUUAAUAAUACAACUUAAAGCAGCACAAUGCAGCGGUGUGUUCAAAUGCUGGACUCUCUCAGGCUGCGACACUAAAAGCGCUGCAGCAGUAGCAGAUCUCGUGCUGCUCAUCUAACAGCAGGAGCACCAAAUGCUAACUUACCUAGCUAAACUGUUAGCAUGUUAGCAGCUGUUCACUCCCAUUGAAAGCAUCAUUAAGUCCUCCUAUACAGUCUGUAGAGACUAUAACCAGUCUAUGCUACCACAGAGACCAGCAACAUGACCUCAGCUUCCACUAAAGUUGGGGAGAUCUUCUCUGCAGCUGGAGCUGCUUUUACUAAACUCGGAGAGCUCACCAUGCAGCUUCACCCAGUGGCAGACUCCAGUCCUGCAGGUUCCCAUCCUCCCUCCAGCGGUCAGACGAAGAGCACGGUGAAGAGGAAGCUGUACGAAGACGGAGCGCUGCCCGUCUCCUCCUCCGACGGGCCCAAGAAGGCCGUUAAGAAAAACAUCGCUUCUGUUGCCAUGGCAACACAGGGCACUCCAACGGUCAUCUCCGUGCCCACAUCUCAUGUUGUCGUAGCGUCCGGACUACAGGGCGCCCCCUCCAGCCAGACCAGCCUGAAGAAACAGAAGACUGCUGACGUUACCCUCAGCGCUCUGAACGACUCAGAUGUCAACAGUGAUCUCGUGGACAUGGAGGGACUGGGGGAAGGAUCCAACUCCAAAAAACUCAACAACUUUGAUCAAGAUAACCUGAACCUGGACUCGAGCCUCAUCAUGAACCCUGGAGACCUUCCUCUGCUCUCCCGUUGACCUUCCACUUCCUGUGGAUUUGAAAUGAUGGACAGAACUGUGAAAAUAACACCCAAGUUGUGAUAAAAUGGACACAUUCUGAGCCAGAAGAUACCGACCCCCCCACAUUAGAGUAAAUAUAGUA